UAAUGUUUUUUUUAAUUUCUUAUUUUUAGAUUAUGGCGAAUUUAAAUUUUCAACAACCCCCAAGAAGCAUAGCAAAUGCAUCUCUAACGGGCAGAACUACAGGCGGUUUUGGUGGUAGUUCAUUAUCCGGUCAUGUAACACCCACGUCAGGCAUGUUUCCCAGUGGAGCAAAUUAUGGACAAACGCAACCUCAAUUAUCACCGAAUCGUAGUGCUCAGCUAUCGGUUGGUGGUCCUGCGUUAACAAGUGGUAAUCGUGCAAAUGUUUUUAACCAGCGUCCAUAUGUGGAAAGACGUAUGCAGGGACUGGGUCAGGGGCCUAUGUCGAACAUGGGCAAUUUUAUGCAAAAUCGUGGCGGUUACGGUACGACUGGUAGUGGUGGAGGUGGUGGCGGUGCCGCUGGUGGACCUCUAAAUAAUUUCCAUAAUGUUUUUGGUGGCAGUGGGGAUACAACAACGCCGGCCCUACUCGAUCCUUCAGAAUUUCCAUCUCUGACAAAUGCUCGCGGCCAGAAUGAUCAAUCACUGCCUCAGACGAAUCCCCUCCAGCCGCCGGGAAGCAAACCUUAUGGUAAUUUCUUUACCUCUUUUGGCAUGGUAAAACAACCAACAUCAGAGCAAUCGGAAUUCACGAUGUCUAAUGAAGAUUUCCCUGCGUUACCGGGCACUCAAAACUCGGAUGGCACAACGAAUGCGGGAAGUGCUCUAACAGAUAGUAAUAAUUUGGAUGGUACGGAUAAGACAAUGAAUUCAAUUGUAGCCAACAGUGGGUUGGGAGCUGUGGGUAGUGGUGCGGUAGGAUCAGGCUCAUCAGUUGGUGGUGGUGGUGGUGUCGUUGGUGGUGGUAGUAGUGGACAAGGAGGUGUUGGUGUAGUUGGUGGUGGUGUUGGUGGAGCGCCUGUCAGUACAGCAGGUGGCAAUUUUGGCAGUGGUAUUGGUGGUAUUGUUAGCUCUGGUGGUGUGAGUAGUUCGGCACCCAGUGGUAGUGGUACAACAUCUGGCAUUAGUGGUAUGGGUAAUAGUGGUAGCAUUGAACAACAACAACAGCAACAGCAGCAACAACAACAACAGCAACAACAACAACAUCCGAAUGAUAAUUCCAGCGAUAACAAAUUGAUGAAAACCGGCGUGCAAACAUCUCCUGAUGGCAAAGUCACAAAUAUACCGGCGAGUAUGGUGAACAAUCAAUUUGGUAUGGUGGGCUUAUUAACGUUUAUGCGUGCCGCUGAAUCCGAUCCAAAUUUGGUUACAUUAGCCUCAGGCAUUGAUUUAACUGGUUUAGGUUUAAAUCUCAAUUCCCAAGAAAGUUUACAUCCAACAUUCGCUGGACCGUUUGCGGAUCAUCCCUGCAGAGCACAAGAUGUUGAGUGUAAUGUGCCACCUGAAUAUUUGAUAAAUUUUGCGAUAAGAGACAAACUUUCCUCGCCACAUUUAAAAAAACUGCAAGAAGAUCUGCUUUUUUUCCUGUUCUAUACAAAUAUCGGCGAUAUCAUGCAACUUAUGGCAGCAGCAGAAUUACAUAGUCGCGAAUGGAGAUAUCAUAUAGAGGAAAAAAUCUGGAUAACUCGAAUUCCUGGCCCCAAUCAAUACGAGAAAAAUGGUACAAAAGAACGUGGCACCUUUUACUAUUUCGAUGCGCAAAGUUGGAAACGUUUGUCCAAGGUUUUCCAAAUCGAUCCCGAGAAAUUAGAUAAAUGCCCCAAUAUAAGUGCGUUUAUGAACAUAAAUGGACAGUCUGUAUAAUAUUAAUAAAAAAAACAAAUCUUAAAAACAAAAACACGAAACAAAUCUUUAAAAUAAUAUUUAAAACAAUA